UCUGUGUGUGUGUGUGUGUGACAUAGAAAAUAACCCACGUGCUGCAAUAAGGUCAUGAGUUGAUAUUUUAUUUGAAAAGCGGCGUGUACAAAAGUGCUCCAUUUUGUUCGCACUGAAAAUGUUUCAACAAAACCAAAGUGACUUUGGGAUUCAUUCAGUGACAUCUCCAAAUGCAAAAUCAAAUCGCAACCUUCACCAGCAUUGCGGGAAGCAAAUUUUCCAAAACGAUAUUUGAAUGUAACACUUGGCUAAAUUGCUAAGAAGCUAAUUUUCUUCUGCUCUUUGUCACUAUAACUUAGGACUAAUACUCGCGCACUGGAAACACACACACACACACAUGCGCACACCAACACACACACGUACACAGACUCUCUCAUGAUGUCUAAAGGAGGUUCCUCGGAUGUUCGUGUGGCAUAUUAUGACCUCACAGUUAGGGUUUAUUUGUGAGGACCUCACAUUUGAUAAAUAAUUCAUCAUAAUCGGCUCACAUUUGGUGUGUGUUAUUCCUCAUCAGCAGUGUUAGAGGUGGGCUGGGUCUUUAGCACAUGAUGACCUCCUCCAAGGUGCGAGACCUUUCCUUGGCGGAGGUUCUCAGCAGCGUCCGAACUGAAAAAGGUUUCCUUGAGUGCAUCUCAACGCUUUUGGCUUAAAUGAAUAUUUUGGUUUGUCUCGAGGGAAUCCUGACGACGACGGCGAGGUGCUGACGUCAGCAGGUUGUUGCCGAAGCUCCGACGGAAGAGGAAAAAGCGACUUACCUCCUUGCAGCGAGGGUCUGCACAACGCCAGGACCACCACCAGCAGCAUCAGCACCGGUGGGCUGGCGUCUCUCAGGUGCUGAAAGUGUCAAUCAAGUCCACCCGGGUCCGGCGGCGACCCGGCGGCGGGGGUUCACGCAACAGGAAACGGAGCUCAGGUCUUCUUGACUUUUCACUUGUGAGGCUCACCGGAGUUGGAUGAAGCCAAGCUUGUGACAUCACCCGAGGCCUCUACGUAUGAAGACAAAGGAAGUACAUGACGUCAUCAAACUGGGACACGCAUUGCAUCGUGAACUAUGAAGAGCAGGGGCAUGUCCAGAUGUCUCGGGUGACCUUGUAGUUCCUAAAAUUGGUUCUCUCAAAACAAAGAAACAGACGAAGAAGUAUGUCGGUCAAGCAGGCGUCUGUGCACGCCAAGUGGAUCAUCGGCCGAGUCAUCGGAACCAAAAUGACCAAGACUGCAAAAGUACGCGUCACUCGGCUCGUGCUCGACCCUUACCUGCUCAAGUACUACAACAGGAGGAAGACUUACUUUGCGCACGACGCACAGCAGCAGUGCACAGUGGGCGACGUGGUGCUGCUCAAGGCUCUGGCCGAGCCGCGCUCCAAACACGUCAAGCACGAGCUGGCCGAGGUGGUCCACAAGGUGGGCCGUGCCGUGGACCCGCUGACGGGCAAGCGGGUGGCUGGCGUCCAAUUCCUGGAGCCGCUGGAUAACCUACACGUCGACUGCGAGACUUUGGCCCACAAAGUGCAAAGCUUGAACAUCUCAGCGGACACGUCGCAUUAAUGCUUGGAUGGUUUGACCAUUGUAUGAGGAUUUUGUGGAGCGCUCCGAACACAAUUCUGGAGUGUCAGAGGGAGCUGGCAUACUCAGAGACAAGCAACUCCAACACUGGGAGAACAUGCCACUGGAUUUGAAUACAUAACUGCACAACUAUGAGGCAGUGCUAAUUGGUCGGACCUCAAACGGGGUAUUUGGGAAGUAUUUUUUAUGGCUUUGUUCCAUGACAAAACUGCAUAGUCAAGUCCUAUGGAGAUCAUUCAAUAAUAGAUUACAAUAAAAAGCUCACGCACUGCAGAUUUGUUUUAUGCAACUAAUGAAUAAUAAUGCAUUCUCAGGUCAAA